AUGGGCUCUAUUCAACAAUCUGCUUUUGAAAAAACGGAUAUGUAUGUUUUUGACAAAGAAGCGGUAGAAGAAACGUCAAUUAGUAUAACAACUGAAGAUGCGUAUCAGUAUCACACGUCAAGUACAAGUAAUGACCAAGUGCAAACAACAGUAAAUCUAAAUAAAGAUCCAGCUUUAUUGGAAAUUAACGAUACUUUAAGAGAGAUUAUGGCAAGGUACGGCUUCGAUCAAAACAAGUCUUGUGACUUCUCUAAAAGUGAAAAAAUAUAUGCGGAUCAGCGUCGUUUCUUGCCAGUGAGUAUCUUUCAAAGGAAGAUGAAAUAUAAUGAAGUGAAAGACCGAAAUUGGCUAGUUUGUUCUGAAAGUAAAAAUUCUGUAUUGGCAUUCGGUCCACUGCAGUAUAAAACUCAGUUCGAGAACGAAGGAUUUAAUGACUGGACGACGAUUCAAUUACACACAAUCACAAAAGGAGAAGAAGAUGAAAAUACAUUAUGUUUCCUAAAACACAACCCGAAAUGCACCAAGUCUGAAGGAAUAUACAGUUUUUCCAUAAUAGCGUGUGGUGAUCAUGUUACAAUAACAAGUGAAGAAAGUAUACCAUAUCUUUGUGACCACUUGGACUCAUGCUACGAAGACCCUAAAAAUGGAAAUGUAUAA